ACCCAAUCAUAUCACCCACUUAUCUCCACUUCCUUUCACUUUGAUUUUGACUAUUAAACUUGUCAGCACUUCAUAUGAGAACUGCACCUUCUAAAUGGUUUUACCAUCCACUACCGCUACCAUCAUGUUCUCUAUUUCACUAUUCGCACCCUCUUCCCUACCAGCUUCAACUGUUGUCAAGUUGGAAACUUUUUCGCUGAAAAAUGGUGGGUUUAUCAGAAUUAGAGGUCUUAACACUCUUUCAAAGGUACCCAGAAAUCCAAAAUUAGCAAUACGUUGUUCUGUUUCGGCUUCGGGUGAUGCAAAUUCCUCUGUUCAGACUGAUGUUCCUUUCCCUUUUGAUUACUCUGAACUUCUUGAACAAGCUGGAGUGGCAGUGGAAUUGGCCAUGAAGGAUAACAAAAAGCUAAUGGAAAUUGAGUUUCCCACAGCCGGACUCACAUCCGUACCAGGUGAUGGUGAAGGUGGAAUAGAGAUGACCGGAAGCAUGCAAUUGAUUCGUGAAUUUUGUGACCGCUUCAUUUUGUCCGAGAAAACCACACGAACAAGAAUAUUUUUUCCAGAAGCUAAUGAAGUCGACUUUGCUAGACAAUCCGUCUUCAGUGGAGCUUCUUUUAAGUUGGACUAUCUGACAAAGCCUUCAUUCUUUGAAGAUUUUGGUUUUGUUAAGAAAGUAAAAAUGUCUGACAGAGUGAAGGAAGAAGAUGAACUUUUCAUAGCAGCCUAUCCGUAUUUCAAUGUCAAUGAAAUGCUUGUUGUGGAAGAACUUUACAGAGAGGCUGUCUUGAAUACUGAUCGGAAACUGAUUAUUUUUAACGGAGAACUCGAUCGUAUCAGAUCUGGGUAUUAUCCACCGUUCUUUUACCCGAAGCUUGCUGAACUUACGAAGUCCUUUCUACCUGCGAUGGAAACUGUGUACUACAUUCAUAAUUUCAAGGGUCGUAACGGAGGAGUUCUUUUCAGGUGCUAUCCGGGUCCUUGGAAGAUCCUGAGAAGAGUGGGGAAUAGUAAAUAUGUUUGUCUACAUCAGCAGGAUACUAUGCCAUCCCUCAAGGAAGUUGCUCUUGAGAUUCUUCCAACAAAUUGAUGUAUCUGUUAAAUAAUAGUAAUGAAUGAAGAAAGAAAGAUUAAUGGAAAGAAAACUUACGAAAUUUUGUGUGCUGAUGAGCAACAGGAGUUGGUCUCCAGCUUCUUCUUGGGAGAUCAGGAUUGAUGUCAAAGGUUGGCAUCUGAUGAGGGAAGGAUUGAAGGCUGUGGCUAAUAGAAUUGGCAGCUUCUAGUGUUGAAAUGGUGUUUAUAUUUGAAUAGAUACCAAGUUGUUGCUGACUUGCAGUACAGUUUAGAAAUUCAUAUGGGCCAUACAAGUUUUCUGUGUUUGUGUAUUGUACAGAAUUUGUCAUUUGUCAACAGGUACAGAUAAACUAAUGUUUUAAAAAACGGUUUAGACCGUCUGGUUAACUAUUGAA